CGCCUCCAACUCGCUGGAGCUGGGCUGGGCUUGACCGGCGCGCUCUCGGGGGCGGGAGGGGGGCAAGUCCCGGUCCUGGCCCUCGGCGCGGGUGGGCUCGGAGCAGGCCGCACCGGGCAGCAACCCUAUUCUCACCCCGGAGGCCCCCUGCCCUUUCUCCCCCUUUCCCCCCGGCCCAUGGUGCGAGGCUGGGAGCCGCCGCCCGGGCCGGACAGCGCGAUCUCUGAAGGGCACAAGUCAGAAAGCACCAUGCCUCCUAAUAAAGAGGCCAGCAGUCUUAAUAGCUCCCCUGCGGGGCUCAUCUGUCUCCCUCCAAUUUCUGAGGAGCUACAGCUUGUGUGGACCCAAGCAGCCCAGACCAGUGAGCUGGAUGGCAAUGAACACUUGCUACAAACCUUCAGCUACUUUCCCUAUCCCAGUUUAGCAGACAUUGCCCUUCUCUGCCUACGCUAUGGGCUGCAGAUGGAGAAAGUCAAGACUUGGUUCAUGGCCCAGCGCCUCCGCUGUGGCAUUAGCUGGUCAUCCGAAGAAAUAGAAGAGACUCGAGCCCGUGUGGUCUACCAUCGGGACCAACUCCACUUCAAAUCCCUUCUCUCUUUCACUCAUCAUGCAGGGCGGCCCCCAGAGGAGGUGCCUCCUUCUCCGAUGCCACCUCCAGAACAAGUGGGUCUUGGAAUAGUGCCCCUGACUCUUAGCGAGCCCACCCAGAAGAAAGGAUUGAAGGUAGAGCCUGAGGAGUCCUCAGAGCCACUGAGUCACCAGAAAGCAAAAGAGCCCCUGUUGGUACCUGGCACUGGGACAUUCCCCCACCAAUCAAACUUUUGGCAGGAUCUUCAGAGCAGUGGCUUCUCUAAAGGGCAGGCAGGCAGGGAUCCCGACCAGUCCCACGGCCUAGGUACUGCUUCCUGGAACCACUCCACAGCUGUCCACCAGCCCCGAGCUCGGGAUAAGCCCCCGCCCAUCUCAUUACUUGCCAGUAGUUGCAAGAAGGAGUCCGCAUCUAAUGUGACUCCUCCUUCCUCUACCUCUUCUUCCUCUUUCCAGGUACUGGCUAAUGGAGCUACUGCCACCUCUAAACCCCUCCAGCCACUGGGCUGUAUCCCACAGCCACCAUCACCCAAGGAACAGGCACUACCCCCACAUCUGGAGCCAGCCUGGCCCCAGGGGCUAAGGCAUAACUCAGCACCAGGGAGGGUUGGCCCUGCAGAGUACCUUUCCCCAGAUAUGCAGCGCCAGCGAAAGACCAAGCGCAAAACCAAAGAGCAGCUGGCUAUCCUCAAAUCAUUUUUCCUACAGUGCCAGUGGGCACGGCGUGAGGAUUACCAUAAAUUAGAGCAGAUCACUGGUUUACCUCGGCCUGAGAUUAUUCAGUGGUUUGGUGACACACGCUAUGCCUUGAAGCAUGGGCAACUAAAAUGGUUUCGGGACAACGCAGUACCUGGGGCCCCUAGCUUCCAGGAUCCAGCAAUUCCCACACCACCACCUUCAACCCGCUCCUUGAAUGAUUGGGCUGAGACACCACCUCUGCCGAAUCCCCCACCCCCACCGGAUAUACGACCCCUGGAGAGGUACUGGUCAACCCACCAACAGCUACGGCAGAGCGAUAUCCCUCAACUGAGUCAGGCAUCAAGGCUGAGCACCCAGCAGGUAUUGGAUUGGUUUGACUCUCGAUUACCUGAGCCAGCUGAAGUGGUGGUUUGUCUAGAUGAAGAGGAGGAAGAGGAGGAGGAAGAACUGCCAGAAGACUGUGAGGAUGAAGAGGAGGAGGAAGAAGACGAUGAUGAUGAUGACGAUGAUGUGAUCAUCCAGGACUGAGUGGGGGGCGAGGGGAGGUCUGUUACUAAAAGAUGAACCAACUUAGUAACUGUUUAAACAAAGAAACCACAUUUUUUUAUAAUUACCUUGUGGCAAAGAACUGAAAAGCUUUGUGUUCUUGAGGGUCGGGACUGGGGGAUGUAGUGAGGGAAACCAGGAAGGAUGACCAAGGCACAAAGUGAGGUGGGGAUUGGAUGGGCAGGAAUCCAGGCCUGCAGCCUCAAUGAAGAGAGUGCCAAGGGUCUGGUCCAAAUGAUGGGGCCGGAAAAGGCUCUUGCUCUCCUCUCAGAUCUGCCAUACUUUUCCCUACUGUACUACAGAGAGGCCAGGCUUUGGCCCAUGUCUAUGGGGGAAGGCAAAGGAGGAGUAAAGAAUUUUGAUUCACUGAUGAUUCCAGUACAUCCCCCAGUCCCACCAUUUUCCCUGGAACAUAAAGCUGCCUUGCACCCCUUCUUUUCUCUCCAAGCACAGGUCCUUGCAUAAUGCAGCUAAGAAUCUCAUGUCCCCAUCAGUCACAAAUAUUUCCUCUCCCUCAUAUCAGCUUGACUUUAUAUGUUUUCCUGCUGCUUUUAUCGAGUCACACAGGGAGCAGAAUGUUUUCAUUUCUGAUGCUGGGACCACUAUGCCUUGUACCUUUUUAUCUUUCCAGAAUCCCCAUUCUGUUUAUUAUUUGUCUCAGGGUAAAUCUUCCCCCCAGAGCUUGUGAAAAAGUUUAAUAAUUGGGUGGAGAAUAAUUUAGACUGGAUAUUUAUUGGAGGUGGGAUUUAGGCGAGAUGUCCUUUUAAAAAUGAAUUAGAUUACAGAGGGAUAAGAGGAGAGGGAAUGGUUUCUACUGUUUGGAAGGACGGUGAAGGUAGGUACCAGGUUUGGUUUUACAAACCUGACACUCCCUCCUGCCUAGCUUGACAGAGACUGAUUUUUUAUCUUUUUCAUGUUAGUUUAAUUUGUGUCCAGAGAAGAGACUUUUCCCUCUCUUGAUAGGAUCUGUCUUGGGGACAGAGGGACCAUGGUCUUUAACUGAAUUAAUUGAUGUUUUAGAAUGGUUUUCAUCAGAUGGGGUCACCUAUAACAAUAUCAGUGGGUUAACCAUCUGGAAAUAAAAGGUUGGAAGCCCCCAAUUACUAGAAUAAUAAUAAAAAGGCCAAAAAUAAAAUUGUUUCUCUCUC